AAUAAAGACUAUCCGAGUGUUGUAAACAGCAACGCAUAUCGAUAGCACAUCACAUUUUCCUCACUGCAUCAAAUCGACUCAACCAUGUUCGGACUUUUGGCGUGGAGUCUCCUUUGCCUUAUGCCUGGCAUUGCGUCAAGCUUUCCUGACGAUACACCAAAAGUAGAAUUGGCCUUGUAUUACGAGAGUUUGUGUCCUGACUGCCAAUUAUUCAUCAGACAGCAGCUUUAUCCAACGUACCUCAAGGUCAGCGAUAUAAUAAACCUGACACUUGUCCCGUAUGGAAAUGCCGAGGAAAGAAAGAUUGGAGACAAGUGGGUUUUUCAGUGCCAACACGGGCCAAAAGAGUGCGAGGGGAAUCUCAUUGAGACUUGCGCCAUUUCGCUCCUCAAGGACAUUUCGGCAUCGCUACCUUUUGUUUAUUGCUUUGAGAAGAAUAUCGAGGGUUCUGAAGAACCUACAACAGUGGCCCAGAGCUGUGCCAAGUCUCUGAAAAUUGACUAUGAUUCAAUCGAAGCUUGCGUGAGUGGUCCUUUGGGGAACGAACUGGAACACAAGAUGGCCGCGAUGACAGAUGCGUUAGAACCACAGCACCAGUACGUUCCGUGGGUGACCGUAAAUGGAAAGCACACUGAAAAGAUUCAGAAUAUGGCCCAAAGAAAUUUGCUGAAGCUUGUCUGUGAAUACUACACUGGACCAAAGCCAAAGGAUUGUGAAAAGCAAGAGUUUGGCCGAUGUUACAAAAAGGUUUUUCCUCUAAUCGAGUUAAAAAAGGCACUGCGGGUUGCGGCUCCAGUGAGUGAGCUGCAUUGACGACAUUACAUUAUUGUCAGCAACGCACCUGUGUAACUUUGUAUUGAGGCUACUAUGAAUUGAAAUGAAUCUAAUCAAUUGUCGGUCACUUUUUCAUUGAAUGCGGAAACCCCCCACAAACAGAAAUGACUCAGCACAUGCUUUUAAGUCUUCCAACCUUCUCUGUUCUAGAAAUAUUUCCUUUAUCUGACCGGGUUUUUUUUUUUUAAUUGAGAAAUAACAGCCACUUCUUGAGGAAUUGAAUGACUUUCCUGUAAUCGGAUCCUAGCAAAGGCCGGGGAUCAAACAUAGCAAGUUACUAAAGGAAGUUUGAUUGUCUGAAAAAGUUCUCGAAUUUCGAAAGGACAUUCAAUCUCAAAAAUAUUUUCGUUAGUGUUCAGUUUAUUAACACCGGUUUAUUUCGAACAAUUUCUUGUUAAUCUAUUAUUAUAACGUAAUGAGAUCGUUUAUCGUUAUGUGAAAUCUUUUACACAUCAAAAUGAUCUGUACGCAAAAUCACUCCAAUAAAU